CGAGAUUGCGAAGUUUACAGUAGAUAUAUAGUGUCUGUGAAGACACGUUGAUUCAGGAAAUAUGUCAAAAAUCAGUGUGGAAGUGCCCGACGGAAAGACAUAUAAGUACAUAUAUGAAUCUGGAUUACUUUAUGAUGAGUUGAUUUUGAAUUUAGUGCCUGACAAAGACCUUAAAACGCAAAUUGAAAAUAUACUUAAUCUUGAUAUUCGGGAAAAUGAUGUUUACCUGGCGACCUUUCCGAAAAGCGGAACACACUGGGUAUGGGAAAUUUUGGGUAUGUUGAAAAAUGGGAGAUCGACAUACGAUACGAAAACAAAACAAUCAGCAACAUUGGACUUUCAGUCACCAGAACUUAUCGGAAAUAUUACAUCACCAAGGAUCCUGAACUGCCAUUACCCGUGCAAACUAACACCGAAGGGAGUAUUCAAUAAAGGAGUGAAAAUAGUUCAUGUUAUGCGAAACCCAAAAGAUGUUAUUGUAUCUUGCUAUUAUCACAUGAAGAUAAUGGCUGGUGAGCUCUUUCAAUUAAGUUUCCAAGAGUUUCUUCCCUUGAUGAUUGGUGACUAUGGCACAUACUUUUUCUACCCAUGGUUCAAAUACGUAAAAGAAUGGGAGAGAUUUUUCAAAGAAACAUCCAGAUCAAAUACUUAACAUAUACUAUGAAGACUUAAAGGAGGAUUCCGUCCGGGAAAUAAAGAAAAUGGACACAUUUCUUGGAACGGGACAAACUGAUGAUGUUAUCAAAGAGAUAGCUGAAGCAUGUAGAUUUAAAAACAUGAAAAAAGCUGAUGCAGAAGUGAAGUUGCCCGAGGAGUUC